GCCGUGAAGCGAGCCGUGGAUGUCGAGGCGGUCGUGCACGAGCUGGAGGACCCGUGGGCAUACGCGGCGGCGAAGUACCCCAACUUGGGUUGGAGACUCAAGUCGAAGAUGGAGUUCUCCGGGUACCACCAACUGCUCCAGCGCUGCAGGCAGCACGUCAUACUUGGACGGGCGAGGGCAAACACUGUGGACUUUGCGAAGCUGGCGGCGGCGCAGUCCCGGUCGUACACGUUCCGGCUUCUGCUGGUGCGAAACCGGGACGACUUGGGCCAGAGCGUGGAAGACCUGAUGUGCAAGAUGUGUUGCCCGGUCUUCGAGACAGUCGAUGAGAACUACGUGCCGCCGCCGCCCCUCAACGAUAAUGCCUUCUUCACCGGUCUGUCCUCGUCCGUUCUGGGGCGUCUGGCAGGCCCGCAGAUGGCGGACCUCGACGGCGACGAGACACGGCACAAAAUCCUCUUUUGCGACGGCAUGCUCUACGAUUUGAAGGAGCGUGUCCUCCGAUCACCGAUCCCCGCCGACCGCAUGGGCUUCCACGCAAAGGCGACCUCAGAGAUGUGGCAGCCGAGCAAGGCGACCAAGCUCUUCGAGCACAUCCUGGCUUUCUUGAAGGAGCAUGUGGAGACGGGGGUGUGUCUGCUCGAGGCCAGCGAGAAUGGCAAACAGGUCAUCGAGUGCUUCGAGGAAUUGGAGCAGGACGGGUGCGAGAUCCUCCGCCACAUGAAGGUGUACGGGGACUGGGACUCCGUCCUGUACGAGCUGCGUCUCAUGACCAGGGCCAUCUCCGAUUCCGGGAAGGACACCAAGGUGAAGAUGUUGCACGCCUUCCUCGGUCACGGCAAGGACAACUACGGGGUGCAGCUUCCGGGAAACUAUGUGGUGCAACAGACUCUGACCGCGAAGGACGGACCCGCGCCUUACCAUGCAAGGACUCUAGGCAAGCGGCUGGCCUGGGCCAGUGAAGUCCCCGAGCACUACUCGUUGGCGGAUGACUUCAUCAAGCCCUUUUGUGACAUGGAAGGCGCGCCAGUCUGCAGCAGGAAGCUCAACAAGGGUCCCCGGGACUUCAUGCCUAGUGGCAACAAGCAAUCACCCUCCCCGUGUGACUCGACCGGAUGGGAUGCUGCGGCGGCUUCAAGUCUGCCAGACAACGGUCAGCUUCACCUUGAAGCCGUCCAUGGCCGUGGAGGCCUCAAGACCCGGAUAAACCAAGGAGAGUUCAACAAGUACAUCUUCUUCCUUGCGGCAAAUCUUGUGGACUCGUUGGAGAUGGAGUACAACCCAGGCACCGAGAUCAAGCCGCAGCCACCGGAGAUGAAGAUGAGCGCCAUGGACCUGGUCCCAUGCGCAGACAAGGACGAGGAGGCCAAACCCGAGGCCUUCGUGACAGAGAUGUGUGAGCUGGUGUCCUUGAAGGAAGCAAGCCUCCACACACAGCUGACGAUGGCGCUGAAGACCUACCUCAGCCUGGACACCUUGGGCGCGGCAAAGAGCGUGAUCUCGAAGUUGGGGAUCAAAGGACAAUCCUAUGGCCCGCGGUACAUCUCCACCCUCAAGCAAAAUGAGCGCGUGGUGGGUGUGAAGCUCUGA